AUGGGUUACAGAGUAAGUAAUCAUUACGUUAGGGUUCUGACUUUUUUUCAUAGUAUAAAUGUGCUGAAAUUCUAAAUCUAAUUGAUUUCAUAAUACAAAUAAAAAUGUAUUAUUUCCAAUGUAAAAAUGUUAUGUGAUUGAUGUUUUAUUAUACCAUAGCACACAAAACAUAAAAUUCUGUGAAAAAUAUUAUUAAACUCAAAUAAUAUUACUCAACUCAAUAAUCGUGCAGUAAUAGUGGCGCAAUUUUACUAAAUAAGGAAUAUAAUCCUUUAAAUGUUUCACUGACUAAUUUUUAUUAUUCAAAAUGUCACAUAAAACUCUAAUUGACUUUAUAGUCAAAUAUCACAAGCCACGUUUUUUGAACAACGUUAUUGUUUUUCCAAGCAACGGCAACUCCUACUUUGGGAGACGAUUAGUAGUACCUAUAGCACCGGUUUCAACAUCCACGCCAAAGAUAGGAUCACCAAGAAAUUUCAGCACAAGUGCUAUUAAACUCAAUGAAAUCACUUUAACCCCUGAACAGAAGAAGUAUGAAGGAAAGUUUCAACUAAUGUUUACAUGCAAAAAGUGCAAUACACGAAACAUGAAAUUUAUUACGAAAUUGGCUUAUUACAAAGGGGUUGUAAUUGUUACAUGUGAUGGUUGCGAAAAUAAGCAUUUAAUUGCAGACAAUUUGAACUGGUUCUCAGAUAUGAAUGGAAAGAAAAAUAUUGAAGAUAUAAUGGCAGAGAAAGGAGAGACUGUACAGAAAAUAUUAUCAGAAGAUUUGGAAUUCAUUGCAAAAGAAAUGAUCAAAAAUGCGACAAAUGAAGAAACAAAAUGUGAUAAUUUAUUGAAAGACUGAAAUUCAAAUUUUAUUAACAUGGACUAAUAAAAUUAGUGUUAUGUAUAUGUAGAUUAUAAUAUAGAUGUAUAGAUCUGUAUAUUAGUUUGGCAAUAAAUUAAAUAUAAAAAAAUUA